AUGCCUCUUUUUCUUCUCCUCCUCCUCGUCUUCCCCUCUUCCCCAUCCUCACAGGAUCUCUUCUUCCCGUCCCUUGUCUCCCUCAUCGUGCCGCUAACACUUCUCUCGUUUGACAAGUCGCUGGUGGGCGACAGUGACAAGGCGGCAGCAGCCAAGUCCACGUUUGCCAACGAGACCAUGGCGCCGCGAGGCCGGCUGGUGUUUGGAGUGGGCAUUGGAUCGCUCAUCUUCGUGCCCGUCUUCAAGGCGCUCACGGGCCUGCCGCCCUACCUGGGCAUGCUCGCAGGCCUGGGCGCGCUAUGGCUGCUGACAGACGCGAUCCACUACGGGGAGAGCGACCGCCAGCGGCUCAAGGUGCCGCAGGCGCUGUCCCGCAUCGACACACAGGGCAUCCUCUUCUUCCUCGGCAUCCUGCUCUCCGUUGGCAGUCUGGAGGCAGCAGGGUUGCUCAAGGACCUGGCGGGGUGGCUGGACAGCAGCGUGGGGAGCGUGGAGCUGAUUGCAGGGGCCAUCGGGCUGGCAUCUGCUGUGAUUGACAACGUGCCUCUGGUGGCCGCCACCAUGGGCAUGUAUGACAUGAACGUGUUCCCAGCAGAUGCGGAGCUAUGGCAGCUGAUCGCAUACUGCGCGGGCACGGGAGGGUCCAUCCUCAUCAUUGGGUCAGCAGCGGGUGUGGCAUACAUGGGCAUGGAGAAGACAGACUUCUUCUGGUACCUGCGCAAGGUCAGUGGAGUGGCGUUGGCAGGGUAUGCAGCAGGCAUGGCAACAUACCUGGCAGGAGGAUACGUCUCCUCAGACAUGUUUGCCACCACUCUCGCCUCCCUGCCUCAGCUGCCUCAGCUGCCCUUCUAA